AUUAUUUCUUGUAAAAAAAAAAAGAAAGGAAAACAUAGUGUUUGGAAAAUCCCUCUUUUAUCUCUCGCCUCCAUUCUUUCUUCCAAACUCAAGAAUUGAACUUCAAAAAUCCCCAAAUUCACCAUCUUUGCUUCCUUCGAUCGGCUACUAGCUUCAACUUCAACUGUUAAAUUUAACCCUAAAUCUCAUACAACAAAAGGGGCAUUCUCUAUUUUUGUUUUUGGCUGCUUGUGUUUACUUUUGUGUCAAAGAGUGUUAUUUACUAUGGGAACUGAGUUCAUGGAAUUCUGAGAUAAUGUAGUGGUAAGAAGGAUCCAUGCCAGAAAUAUUAUAAAACUGAGGAAGAGCUUGUAGUUUGAGCUGAAGAUACAGACAAAAUGUAUGGUAGAGCAGGGCUUGAUCGAUUUAAGAAAGCUCAGUCUUUGGAGCCAUUUGCAGUGUCUGCGAAUACAGCUGCUAAAUCAGCAUUGCAGCCAACUAAGCCAGCUAUCCAUUCUUCUCCAGCAUAUGCACAGUCCACAACAUCUCAUCAACAUACUCAAUAUGUAAAUCCACAACCUGCUUUGCAGAAAUCCGUUGCGGCAGAUGCAACCUCUUCUACAGCGCCAACUCAUCAUGUCACUCACGGAGGGGGACAAUCAACUUGGCAGCCUCCUGAUUGGGCUAUUGAGCCACGUCGAGGCGUUUAUUAUCUUGAUGUGAUCAAGGACGGGGAGGUACUUGAUCGAAUUAAUCUGGAUAAGCGAAGGCAUAUCUUUGGACGACAGUUUCACACUUGUGAUUUUGUCCUUGAUCAUCAGUCAGUCUCACGCCAGCACGCUGCUGUGGUUCCUCACAAAAAUGGAAGCAUUUACGUGAUUGAUUUAGGAUCUGCACAUGGAACAUUUGUUGCAAAUGAGAGGCUGACAAAGGAUUCCCCUGUCGAGCUCGAGACUGGACAAUCUUUGAAGUUUGCUGCAUCAACAAGGACUUACAUCUUGAGAAAGAACAAUGAAGCUCUCUUCCCUCCUGCACGACUACCUGCCGAAAUAGAUUUACCACCACCUCCAGAUCCUUCAGAUGAGGAAGCUGUUUUGGCUUAUAACACCUUUUUAAACCGCUAUGGGCUUACUAGGCCUGAUUCGUUGUCGAAAUCAACAGUAUCAACUAGUGAGAAGGAUGCCAAUCAUUCAUCUGAGAGGCCUACUAAAAGAAUUAGGAGAAGAAGUGUGUCAUUUAAAGACCAGGUUGGGGGGGAGCUAGUUGAAGUUGUCGGUAUUUCAGAUGGAGUAGAUGUGGAGACAGAACCUGGUCCAGUGGGUGUGAAAGAAGGAAGUCUUGUCGGAAAAUAUGAGUCUCUCAUAGAAAUUACAGUGAUACCCAAAGGGAAAGUAAACUCCUCCGUAAAAGAUGUCAACAUUUCCCAAACAGGUGUAACUGACAAACUUAAACAGGUAUUGAACAAGGUGAAGAAUCCGCCAAAGGGUGGAAUUUAUGACGAUCUUUAUGGAGAAUCAGUUCCUAGUAAAGUCGGAUCUUGGGCAUAUUCUGGUAGCAGUCAGGCUGCUUCCACUAACGAUGCUGAAGGACACUCCCCUGGUUCCUUAGGCAGAGUCUCUGGGAGUAUCUCAAGCAAUGUGGAUGACGAUACUGAUGAUUUGUUUGGUUAGCAAAUGCAUUGCUUGCUUUUGAUUUCGGCCUCAACCCACUGGUCAUUGGCAAUGAGUUCAGACAUAUGAGCUGCACGAGGCAUCUCGAGUAGAUUAAAUUAUGUUAGUCGUUGUAUUCUUCUCUUUCCUGGCGUGUGCACCAACAGGGGUUCAAUUUUGAACUGAAACUUACCUUGUCAGGACACUGAAUCUGUGACUUGAGAUCAAUGGAAAAAAGUGUGUUAUCUUUCCUAUUUUCAUUUUGUGCAGAACAAGUGGUAAACUCAUAAUGCUCAUGUGGUGCUUUU